GAUUCUCACAAGAAUGAGGCAAAAAUGCACUGUAUGAUAACAAGACGUUGUUUUUUUGAAAGGCUCUUUUUGAAAGGAACAGCUGGUAAAGAUCCAUCUCCAGAUGAGCGUUGGACGGUGAAGACUCCCUGCAUUUAUAGGGUGAUGUGUCGGACUGACUGAGUUGAAUGGGGCUGCUGGAUAAACUGUCAGGCUGGCUGGGCCUGAGGAAGAAAGAAGUCAACGUGUUGUGUUUGGGGCUGGACAACAGCGGCAAAACAACCAUCAUCAACCAGCUCAAGCCUGCCAACAAUUCUAAUCUUUUAGGCCCAUUCUCAGAGGAGUGGAAACAUGUUAGUCAGACACAGGCACAAGACAUAGUGCCCACAAUCGGGUUCAAUAUUGAAAAGUUCAAGAGUUCAAGCCUUUCCCUCACCGUAAUGGACAUGUCUGGCCAGAGCAGAUACAGAAACCUGUGGGAGCACUAUUAUAAAGAAAGCCAUGCCAUCAUAUUUGUCAUCGACAGCAGUGACAAGCUGAGGAUGGUAGUUGCCAAAGAGGAGCUCGAUACUCUUCUCAAGCAUGGAGAUAUGUGCAGUAAAAAGCUGCCCGUGUUGUUCUUUGCGAACAAGAUGGAUCUACGAGAGGCCAUGUCUUCUGUCAAGGUCUCCCAGAUGUUGUGUUUGGAGAAUAUCAAAGACAAACCUUGGCACAUCUGUGCCAGCAAUGCCAUAGAAGGAGAGGGCCUGCGGGAAGGAAUGGACUGGCUUCAAGAACAAAUUGCACAGUCAUAUCAAAACAAUGAACACAUGAAUGAAUGAAUGAAGAGCAGUGGGAUGCUGGGACUUCAUCGGAGGGAUUGCAUCAAGCUUUAUGUUAAAAGGCCCUGAAAGCAAACUAGAAGAUUUACAUUUUGGUAUUUUCUACACGUUCGUAGUUUUAUUGUAUCUUGCAUAACAUUAUUGUGUGUAUAAGAUUGAUUAUUAUUAUCAUUUUCAAGGACAUUAUGUGCAGCGAUCUUUCCACAUAAAACAUGUACCUUUUAUUUGUGAGCAUGUUUUUUUUAUUUUGCAUGCAUACAAAUUAUCCUUUUUAUUUUUUAUAAAUUCAAUCAUGUUUUAUGACAGAGAACAAUACAAGUUUGGUACAGGUUUUAUUAUUAUUUUCCUGUUAGAAGUCAGUUAAUAAUGCAACUAUGAAUUUCAAACGUUCUAACCAAAAUCGGGUGGGAAAGAAACCCUACACAGUAACUAUACACAAACUCGAUAAAAAAAACAUUAUAAAACAUUUAACACAACUUAAAAAAAUUUAUUACACUACAAUGAAAUUCAUUAUAAAUAAAUAAGAGUCAACAAACAUUGUUUCUUUUUUAAAUAAAUAUUACAUAUUAAAGAGUAUUGAAAGACAGUGUUUAUGCUAAUGGUUAAAAAUAACCAAGUAAAUUCAACAUUUGCUCUCCUGUCGCAUUUCUCUUUUUGACUACUCCCUUUGAUAAUGACAUUAUUUUUUUGACAAAAUCUCCUUGUGCUUUGUGUCAUCUUAACAUCAACGGACGUCAAUCCUAUCGAAGCAACAGAUGGAGGAAUUUUGCAUGAAAUUGAGCGUUGGAGUGCAAAAGGAGACACAGGGUACCGAAAGCUUCCGUGUUAUCAAGACGAUUGCCUGGGAAGAAAUGAUGGCAUUUUUGACUUGUUGCUGGUGUCAUUUAACAAAGAAACACACUGUAAUGAUAGCCUGUUUAGCAUGCCAGCACUUUCUUUAAAGGGGAACUGCACAUUUUCUUUUAGAAUGUUGCCUAUCACUCACAACCCCUCUGUAGUCCUUAUGUAUUUGUUAUGCAUUCUAAUUCGUAAUAUACGGCAAGUACGAGGUGGCGAACAAAGCAGCUAAUAGGAGUACUCUAUUUCGCCCAUAAAGCCCUCUAAAAAAACCUCUGUAUAGGAGAAAGUUGUGGCCAUAAGCCAAGAAGUUGGUAAAUUUUGACAUUCAAUUUAGACCCGCAGAUGGCGAGAAAGACACAAAGAGUCGCUUGUUUGCGGCACCUUUUUUUUAUACAAACAAAAUAUAAACAUCCCAUCAGUCGACCUUCCAGUGAGAGCGGACAUUGUACAGUAAGUGAUUGUUUAAUUAUGUUCGUAGUUUGUAUAUCUUGCUGGGUCUGUUUAGCACUCACCUUCUAAAACUUGUAGAUCAUCCUCCUUAUAUUAUAUAUAUUUUACUAUAUUCAAAAAUAUACAUUUCUGCCUCAUCAUUUGUCUCAAAGUAGUCUUUGUUGUCUUUCGUGAAGUAUGCCAUGAUUAGUAGUCUUGUUGUUGGUGAAGGAAAUAGCCAACGUUGUGAUGCGUCUAUAAAAUUAAUACGCAAGACUAGGGCUGGGCGAUAUAUAAUAAUAAUAAUAAUAAUAAUGAAUUGCAUUUGUUACGCACUUUACAUUUGUUAAAAUCUCAAAGUGCUACAAAGUAUUAAAAAUAAAAAUAGAAAG